CCAGGCUUGGGCAGGCGUGGCUUAGAGGAAACCCUGGCCGAAUGGCCCCUCCCCGAUUGGGGCAUAUCUCUCUGUGCUGUCCCUGGCCCUGCUCAGAGCUUCUCAGCUAGAUGGGACCAAAGCUUCACCGGCCCACAGACUCGAUACACUCCCACAUCAGCCCCUAGGGGAGAGAGAGCAGAGAGGAGGCGGCAGGAAGAGAAAGCAGCACAGAGUCGACGGCUGCAGCUGGUGUGCACACUGGCUGAGAGAGAUACAACUCAAAAGCCUGUUUGUGUGUGUGUGUGUAAUUUUUUUUCUAAUAGUUUUCCUCCAGAGCUGUUCAUGAGGCAGGCUUGGUCCGCUCCUUCUCAUCUCAGCCUGGGGUCCAGAGCUGGCCAGGGGGUUGGAAGUGUGCACCACUUCUUGAGUGACUUUAUUUUGCAACUUUUGAACACUGGAACUGUACUGUAAGCAUUAUGACUCUUCUGGGCUCUGAGCACUCCAUACUGAUACGAAGCAAGUUUAGAUCAGUGCUACAGUUAAGACUUCAGCAGAGGAGGACACGAGAGCAGCUGGCAGACCAAGGCAUCAUGCCUCUAAACCAUGGCAAGUUCCCGAAGCAGGAAGACUCUUACACAUUCGAGGAGGACAGCAGCAGCGAGAGUCUGUCUCCAGAGCAGCACCACAGUGACGAGUCCCAGGGCUCAGCCUGUCCUUCAUCGGAGGCCGUGGGCAGCACGCCCUCCUCCUCGUCCUCACCUGCCCUCACCAGCCCACGACAGGGGGGAGCAACCAGAGACCCACCUGAUCAGAGCCAGGAUGAAGGGCUGUCCGGUGCCAACAACAGCGUGGCCACUCCCCCCAUCCCUGUUCCUGCUAUUGUCAAGUCCAAGACGUCAGACAAGAACCGACACAAGAAACCCAAAGAUGUGAAGCCCAAGGUGAAGAAGCUCAAGUACCACCAGUACAUUCCUCCGGACCAGAAGGCCGAGAAGUCCCCUCCGCCCAUGGACUCGGCGUACGCCCGCCUCCUGCAGCAGCAGCAGCUCUUCCUGCAGCUGCAGAUCCUCAGCCAGCAGAAACACUCUCACGCACAUCCACAGACGCAGCAGCAGCACACACACUCUCCGCAGGCCCAGGCUCAGCAGAGGCAGCCGACUUUCAGCUACCAGCCUCACCUGCCGGCCCAGACCCACAAAGGAUCCAGUGAGCAGAUAUCGGCUUGUAGCCCCAGUGGCCCGUCCAGCACAGCCAACAGUAACUCCUCCUCUCCAGUGAAGAGCACAUAUCCCAACCAAAGUAACAUCUCACCAGUCAAACCUGGGCCCCUGCCAGCCAAUCUAGAUGACCUAAAAGUCUCAGAGCUCAGGCAGCACCUGCGUAUCCGAGGCAUGCCUGUCUCAGGUACCAAGACCGCCCUCAUCGAGCGACUCAGGCCCUUCAAGGACUGCAACGCGGGCUCCUCGCCCUCAGGCUCCUCCGACAUCACCACGGUGACCUUCCCCGUCACACCCACCGGGUCCCUGUCGUCCUACCAGUCCCCGUCCUCCUCCAGCGCCCUGUCUCAGGGAGGCUACUACCCGUACCCCAGCACCUCCUCCACCCCGCCCAUCUCUCCGGCCUCCUCUGAGCUGUCCCUCAGCGGCUCGCUCCCCGAUAGCUUCAGCGACGUGCCCAUGUCCUCGCCAACGCAGUUCGCCCUGCAGCCGUCCCCGGCCCAGCUCAGCAUGGAGGACGGCCUGGCAGGGGGCAACCAGGGCAGCGGGGGACAGAGGGUGGGGGAAGGCGGAGCCAUGGACGGCCUGGAAGCUGAAAAGGAUAAGAUGCUGGUGGAAAAGCAGAAGGUGAUUGAGGAGCUGACGUGGAAGCUGCACCAGGAGCAGAGACAGGUUGAAGAGCUGAAAAUGCAGCUCCACAAGAGGAAACGCUGCUAUGGAGCAACACAGGACCCUCCUCCCCCUCACCCCUCCAUGCACCACCAGCAGACUCCCGCCAUGAUGGGACAGCACUUCUUUGGGGUGACUGUAAAGCAGGAGCCGAUGUCCCUGUCCUCCAGCUGCCCUCUGUCCAAUCCCAAACAGCUAAAGAGCCCUCCUGGCAACUGCAUGGAGGAUAUGGGGCACUGUAACACCUCCCUCACCAAUCUGGGGGGCCCCGGGGGGCCACAGUGUAUGGACACGGCCCCUGCCUCUGGCAGCCCCCCCACCAUGUCCGCUUUCCUCAGUCCACAGUGCUCACCGCAAGACUCUCCCAAUGCAAAGCCUUCCAGUAGUCCCCAGCCCUCGUCUCCUAACAACCCCUACCUGCUCUCCCCUCCACUGGGAAGGGACAGCUGCGGUCACCACCACCCCCCAGGCAACAACAGAGCACGCAACAUGCAGAUCCACCAGAAGAGCGGUGGCCAGGCGGUGAACUGCUCCUACACUUCUGACCAAAGAGGCCUUCAGGGAGACUUCCCCCCCUCAACCGACUGUGGCCUUAACCACAGCAGCGCAGCAAAAGCUGACAACCAGAACAUGCAACCAAAGAUUUCAGUAUUGCCCUCUCCUCGGCAUGUUGGCCAAAAAAGCCAGGUCUCUUCCCCUGCCUUCAGUAGCUCAGAUUCAGAUGCUUCUGACUUAAGACAGCCCCCAUGCUAUGAGGAUGCAGUGAAGCAGCAACUGACCAGAAGUCAGCAGAUGGAUGAACUUUUGGAUGUGCUCAUAGAGAGUGGAGGGUAUCCCGGCCUCCUCAUCCCAAGGUUCCACCGUCACUAUGAGCACCUGUACCCCGCACAGCAACCGUACGACCACUCAGGCAAUCACAUCACAGAGAGCCACCUGGAGACUCUGCUUGGGAGUCCAAUCGGCCGGGGAGGGGAAGUGGCCCUUCUUAAAAUGGCUACCGAGGACGGGGUGGAUGACGAAGGGAACAGAGAGGGCGAAGGGUACGGCAGCCCCCACAACCACCACCGCCACCCUCACCAUCCACCACAGGACAAACUCGUGACCAACAGAGAUCAGAUGGACACCCCACUGUCGCCCAUCAGCAACAAGGUGUCCACCUUCCCUGAGGUUCAGGGGAUGGUCAGCAUGACGUUCAGCGAGACGCCGUGGGAAACGAUGGAGUGGCUGGACCUGAUGCCACCCAGCUCAGCCACGGCCUUCAGCGUUGCCCCACCCAGUGGCCCCAGCAUCUUCAACACAGAGUUCCUGGAUGUCACAGACAUGAACUUGAACUCUGCCAUGGACCUCCACCUGGAGCACUGGUGAAAGCAACAUCACCCUAUCACAAGUGCUGGCUAACCACAAACUAGCCAUCAUCACACACAAAACACCAGCUUAAGGGUAUCUAUGUGGAGCAGUGACAUCAGCUCUGACCAUACCAAAGAACAACUGCAUUCAGCAAGUACCUGAAUUAGUUUCUUGUUAUACCACAUGUCACAUUAUGAAGAGUAGACCAUUAGCCUUCAGUCAAAUUCAAACUUUGUCGGCUGAGUCAGAAGUUGAACAACAGAUUAUAUUUUUGCUUACUUCCUCCACUUCAUUGAAAUCAGGUUCUUCUGUUGUCGCGAUACCCAGAAUCCAAAGACAAGAUGCUUUUUGACAUGAUCGAUGUCUUUUUGGACAGCGAUGCGCACAACUGCCAAAUAGGUAUCCCAGUGGACACAUGAAGGAUUUUUCUAGAUAAUGGAAGGACGUGAUUACAGUGCUUUAUACCAACACCUUAUGCAAUAUCAGUGUUAACGCCACCUAGACUUGAAGACACAUUUUGACAAUCAGUUCUUUCUGAGUCUCUGUUUGUAUUACUGGAAAAAUGAAAGGAAUUACAAGGUGAAUUGGGUUGCUUCGUACGGCCAUUUUGUAAAUAUCAGAACCAUCUGUACUGACGGAGACAAGUUGACAUCUGCAUAUUUUGUCAGUGGUGUGGAAAAGGUCACAAACCCCAAAUUUAAGUGUAUUACGUAAUCAAUUCCUUAUAUGAUGUAAAUAUGACACAAAAAAAUCUCACUGUGCACCUCUAGCUUAAUACACUUUUGUCACAGGUUGCUUGAAUGUAGAAAAUGUGUAGAAGUGUUUGUCAUUCCUUUGAAGGUCCUAUUUUUAUACAAGUUUCUUUUCACUAUUUGGCCUAUUUAUCCAUAGGGAGAACAUUAUGGAGAGAAAUUCAUGUCUUUGAAAACCAUUGGUCUUAUCGUUAGAAUCGGCAGACAAACUGUGCCUUAUUUGCAACAGCUUUUAAUUACUACCAUUUUUAUACCAAUUUCCCCCCAUCUUAUAUGCCAUGACAGCUAUUGACUGGUUUGGUUAAAGAAAGCUCCACCAUAUGUCAGUUUUACUUUAGCUGCAAAAUCUGACGAAUGUUAAUGAAAAAGACAACUUCAUCUCUAUUUUAAAGUACUUUUUAUUUUUGUCCUUAAAAAAAUUCACCCUUUCCAUCUCCAGACCAAUCACAUUUAUUUAUUUUUGUGUUUUUAUAUUUAUGCUUUAACCUGUAUUUAUACUGUCAUUCCUUUUAAUAGAUUGGGGCUCUUUAGGAUUUACCAGGAAACUCCAGUGCUACCACUCCGACUACGGACAUUUCUUCGUAAAUCUCUUAAAAAUGUGAUGCAAAGUGAAGGAACCACUUUGAAAAGCCAUGCUUUCUUAAAAAACACUUUUCCUUAAAGAAUCAUGUGAAGUGGAAAUGCCCAUUAUUAGCACUUGUGAAUAGGAAAAUGUAAUAUAUUCAGACCUUGACUGUGAAUACUGCAUAUAAACACAGCACGAACAUGUACCAGGGGCCAGCCUAGACACACGUUAGUCUUUCAAACCACCCUUUAAAGUUUUGUUUUGGUCAGUAAGUGUUUAUUGUUUCAGACAUGUAAAAACUUGAAGGAAUAGUUUUUCAUUUUGAGAUCUAUUAGAUUGGAUGAGAUCACUGAUUACCACUGUCAUGUCUGUUAAAUAUAAGGCUAAAGCUAGCAGCUCGUUAGGUUAGCAUACACAAAGACCGGAAACAGGGGAAUAACUUGGCUCUGUCCAAAAGUAACAAUUGCCUUAAAGCAUGUUCAUCUUACUUAAAUGUCCAGUGUGUAAGAUUUAGGUGUAAGGGAUCAAUUGAAUUUGAAUAUAAACUAAUCCUAGUGAUAUUUUCACUUGUGUGUUUUAUCUAAAUUGUACAAAUUGUUGUUUUCUUUACCAUAGAAUGGGCCCUUUAUAUUUAAAUACUUUAUAUUUACAUCAGUUCUCUCUACGGAAGCCGCCAUGUUUUUUACAGUAGCCCAGACUGGACAAACUACACACCUUUUAUGACAAUUGAAGGCGACUACCACAGGUUCUCUUUCAUAUUUGGAAGUGGAGGGUGAGGUGAGGAGUAUUCAGCUGCAAUAUGCAACUUCGCCACUAGAUGUCACUAAAUUCUACACACUGAACCUUAAUGAUCUUCACCCUCUUUUAGCCACAAUGAUCCUUUCCACAAGAUUAGGUCUUUUUUGUUAUCUUAUCCAUCCCCAGCAUCUUUGAAUCCCACUAGCCUGUUUUAUCCAGCACAUAAUCCUUAAGCACAAAUUAUUGCUUUUGCACUUUGGUUUUUUGCUGCAAACGAGAGCCAUAUUUGCCAUUUCUCCCUUAUUCCAGUCUUGAUGCUAAGCUAAACUGACCGUCUUCUAGCUGUUGCUUCAUAUUAACAGGAACAGCUACUAGCCUGUAAUCAGUCUUCUCAUCUAAUCUAUGCAAAGAAAAGUGAUCAUUUUUCAAAAUGUCACAAUUCAAGUGCACUGGCCAAUACAUUUCUUGUAUUUAGUUAUGUCCUCUGUAAACAUCUGUCUCACUUUGUGUUCUGUUUUGACCAAUUAUUGCUUUGUUUCUGUUACUUAUUAAGUGUUGCACUUAUGAAAUGGUUUCUAUGGUUACAUGUAGGCUUAUUAAUGCCCACCUUGAAUAUAAGACAAAGCUGGUACUCUUUACUUUCUCUUGUUGUAAGAAUAUCCACUGGCCUUUUUUUUGUAAAUUUUAUUUGGGUUCAUUUCACAAUAAUUUUCCCUUAUUAAGAAAAUAAUAAAAAAAAACACAUCUGACAGAAGCUUCCAUGUUGCUUGGCCACUGAUUUGCUUUACUAUUGUAAAAAACAGUAUUUGCCUGCAUCUCUGUAUACUACAGAAAGAAAAGCAAUAAACUUAUCACAGCAAAAAUAA